AUGUACACGGAUCUUGUAUCUCCUGUUCCUAGGGAGCGUCGUGAAUCCAGCAAUCGCCAGUUGGUUAUAAGGCCAUCAGCUGCUCAUGCCCCAUCCUUGCAGGUUAUCGCUGGCCUUGCCAUUGUCGCACUGGGUCUGUGCGCAGUCCUCUUCGCAGUCGGAGAGCAGUCCACUGAGGACGACUCUGUUCGCAACCUCCUGCAGGCAACCAAGUCGCGAAUGCCUGAUAUCUCCAAGAUGUCUGCUAGACAGCAGGCCCUGUACGACUCCGGAAUGGAGGAUGAGGCCGGCAAGCAGAUGAACAUCGCUUAUCAGACCUUCAUGAAGGCUAAGGAUAGCAACGUCGUUGGGGAAUAUGAUUUGUUGAACUCAACCUUGACCGAGGAGCAGAACGCUUUGGUCAACUACGCUGACGAGAUGAAGGCAAUUGAACUCGAGGUUGCGAAUGAGGCCAAGGAGCACAAGAAUCAGUAUUCACCCAAGCUUCCUAGCGAGUAA